UCAAGCCUUUAGCGAUAUUUUUUCCCCUUUUACGGUAACUAAUAUUAGCAAUACAUCAAGGGAUUCAAUGAUCUUCUGAUAAAUUGGAACUUCUUGGAGUGGGUAGUGAUGGAUGAUGAGAGAAGCGUACUGUGUCGAGAGAACCAAGGUUUAGCGGAUUAUGUGUUGCAGAAGAAGCGAGAACACGCGGAUAAGCCCAAGGGUUUGUCGGAAAAUAUGGGGAGGACAUUUCUUAAGGCUUAUAAUAAUGUCUGCGACUCCAAGGAUCCCAUUAGCUCACUCAAAGACUUGUCGCAGAUCAAGGGCUUCGGCAAGUGUAUGCUUAAUCUCAUGAAAGGAUAUUUUGAUACCGGAGCUGGAAGUUCUGGGACUAAGGCCACAGGUAGAAAACGGUACAUUCCGCAAAUAAAGUCUGCGGGUUAUGCGUUACUAAUAACGCUGCACAGAGGGACUCCGAAUGAGAAAGAUUUCAUGCGUAAACAAGAACUUAUCGAUGCUGCUGACUCAAGUGGGCUCUCACACGUUCCUAUUGCGCCAGAGAAAGGAAAAGGGAAAAUAGGGCUUGGAAUCUCUAAGAGGGAGUGGUACAGCGGAUGGAGCUGCAUGACAACACUUGCACAGAAGGGAUUAGUGGUGAAAUAUAGCAACCCAGCAAAGUACAAGCUGACAGUUGAAGGCCGGGAAGUAGCAAAUGAAUGUAUUAUGCGAUCUGGAUUAUCAAAUUCACCUCCUGACAUCUCAUCCGAUGAUGAUAUAGAUCUUGCACAGCCAUAUGCCGAUCCAAAAUCUAAGGCAGAUUCACCAGGACCUACUAAAGCACAACCUUGUUAUAUUGAUCUUGAGGGAUCUCCUGCUAUGAAGUCUCGCUCUUGCAAUGAUGGAAACGCCUUUAAUCCAUGCUCAUCCGGUUCUAGUCAUGCUUUGAAAGCCUUCUCAUCUUCUUCAGCUGCAGAUGGAACCGGAGGAACUACAAAUGUUCCACGGCUUCCUCCUCUUACAUUUGGAGAAGCUUUUGAAGAAGCAUAUCAGGUGAUCAUGAUACUGGAUGAUCGAGAACAGUUUGCCACUAAGGGGAAAAAAGUUGAAAACAUAUGCUCUGAAUUCAAGAUCAAGAUCGAGGUUAGACACUUACCAGUUGGGGAUUGUAUCUGGAUUGCUCGUCAUAACCGCCUUGGCACUGAAUAUGUUCUGGACUUUAUUGUUGAGAGGAAGACCGUUGAUGAUCUGCGCUCAUCGAUCUCAGAUAAUCGCUACAAAGAGCAAAAACUUAGACUUCAGAGAUCGGGACUCAAGAAGCUGAUAUACAUUCUUGAAGGGGAUCCAAACCAGUCUGAAGCAGCAGGAAAGAUUAAAACGGCCUGUUUCACGACGGAGAUUCUAGAGGGUUUUGAUGUGCUGAGGACAAACGGGAUUGGUGAGACGCUAAGAAAAUACGGUUACCUCACUAAAUCAAUACACCAAUACUACAAGUCAAGGGUGAAUGAUGACCAGAGCAAAGUCGCAGCCUUGUGUCCUUCUUUUGAUAGUUUUGUCAAACGGUGUCAACAAGAUCAUGAUGAAGUGACAAUCAGCGAUUUAUUUGCCAUUCAGCUUAUGCAGGUCCCUCAGGUAACAGAAGAAAUUGCCAUAGCGGUUCUUGAUAUGUACCCAACACUUUCAUCACUUGCUUCUGCCUAUGCUAAUCUAGAAGGGAAUGUCUCGGCGCAAGAAGAGAUGUUGAGGAAUCGAUGCAACAACGUAACCUGUGCAACUGCUAGUAAGAACAUAUUCAAGUUGGUUUGGGGUGAAUGAGGAUCUUCACCAAUGUGUUCGACAAUGAUCUUUUUUGAUUAACAAAAAUCAAUAAUGUGACAUAUCAACAGUUCAACGCAAAAAGAGUGUUA